AUGGGGAGGCUAGGAGGAGGAUCAAGUAAGUACCAGAACCAGGACUUCUGGGCCCUGAGGGAGGAGUGCCUGCAGAACGGAACCGUCUUCCUGGACCCGCUCUUUCCGGCAGAACCUGGCUCGCUGGGCUUCAAGGAGCUGGGUCCGCUCAGCGCCAAGACCCGGGGCGUGGAGUGGCGCCGGCCCACGGAGCUGGCGGCGCAGCCGCGGUUCAUUGUGGGCGGAGCCACUAGGACCGACAUCUGCCAGGGGGCGCUGGGCGACUGCUGGCUCCUGGCUGCUAUCGGCUCUCUGACUCUCAACCAGCAGCUCCUUCACCAGGUGGUCCCUGGUGGCCAGGACUUCAGCCACCUGUACGCCGGCAUCUUCCACUUCCAGUUCUGGCAGUUUGGCCAGUGGGUGGACGUGGUGAUUGACGACCGGCUGCCAGUUAAAGACGGAGAGCUGCUGUUCGUCCACUCAGCUGAGGGAAGCGAGUUCUGGAGCGCCCUGCUGGAGAAGGCCUACGCCAAGCUGAAUGGUUCGUACGAGGCCUUGUCCGGCGGCAGCACCACUGAAGGUUUUGAGGACUUCACUGGCGGCGUGGCGGAGAUGUACGAGCUGAAAACGGCUCCCAGAGAUCUGUACCGGAUCAUGGGCAAAGCUCUGGAGAGGGGAUCUCUGCUGGGAUGCUCCAUAGACAUCACCAGCGCCUUUGACAUGGAGGCCAUUACCUUCAAGAAGCUGGUGAAGGGCCACGCCUACUCGGUGACCGGGGUCAGACAGCUGGAGUACCGCGGGCGGCAGGAGCGUCUGAUCCGGAUCAGGAACCCCUGGGGUCAGGUGGAGUGGACCGGAGCCUGGAGCGACAGCUCCUCGGAGUGGAACGCCAUCGACUCUGCAGAAAAGGAUGAGAUGCUGUGUAAGAUGGAGGAUGGAGAGUUCUGGAUGUCCUUCCAGGAGUUCCUGAAUCAGUUCUCACGUCUGGAGAUUUGCAACCUGACUCCAGAUGCACUGAGUCAGGAUGCCACCAGCUUCUGGACCACCGUGACGUACGAGGGCAGCUGGAGGAAAGGUAGCACAGCUGGAGGCUGCAGGAACCACCCCAACACCUUCUGGAUCAACCCUCAGUACAAGAUCACUCUUCUAGAGGAGGACGAUGACCCUGAGGAUGACGAGGCCGCCUGCAGCUUCCUGGUGUCUCUGAUGCAGAAGGACCGCCGCCAGUUCCGCCGCCACGGCCAGGACAUGCACACCAUCGGCUUCGCCAUCUACCAGAUUCCCAAGGAGGUCCGAGGUUCUGCAGGUGUCCACAUGAAGAAGGACUUCUUCCUGCGCCGCUCCUCCUGCGCUCGCUCCGACAGCUUCAUCAACCUGUCACCAAGAGUGCACGUAGCUGUCAGCGCUUGCCUGUUGCAGAACCAGGCGUGCUCGCAGUCGUGA